ACUUUUUAAAUUUUAGAAGACAGAAAUGAUUGAACAAAUCUAAAUAAAAGCGCAAGUGGACUAUCGAGGUGAAGACAUAGAUGUCACGUGUACGCGUCUGUCUCUUCGUACUCUUCCUCGUACUCGACAUCGCCGUUCAAUUCGGCGAUUGCGAGGAUACAACGAAUACUACUGUUAACUGCGAUGAACAGGUUCCGCCUGGCUCCGAUGAAACUCGUCUGUCAUAUGUUGAAUGGUUUUUUCUGAAGUUUGACGAUCAGUUUGCGAAUUUUAUAAAAUAUAUUAUCAUUCUCAAGAACGAAGUGUGUCCAGCAGCCUUUAACAGCAUUGUCAACAAAUUCGAAAAAGAGAUUAAUUUCCAGUUGAUAUUUCCAGGAACACUCUGGUGCGGCGAUGGAGAUAGAGCGGAUAACGAGAACGAUCUCGGCGAAUUCAAUCAGACAGACGCUUGUUGCAGAGCGCAUGAUAAUUGCAAGAACGAUUUGGUGGGUGGUAAAACACAAGUCAAUCUCAAGAACAAUGGUAUUUUCACGAGAAGAAUUCGUUCCUUCGCGCUUGUUUCACUAAUAAUUAACUUUCUGAUUGUCUGUCUAUGUAAUUUUGUGACGAAUAGAACUGCUUGCAAUUGCGACAACGAGUUAUACGACUGCUUGAAGAAUGUCGAUAGUGUGCUUUCCAAAGGAUUCGGAGAAACGUAUUUCAAUUUACUGGGACCACAGUGCUUUAAAUGCGUGUGCCCAACGGACAGUUGCAACCCUUCUACUGACGAUUCGGAAUGCAAAAAUAGAUGCAACAGGUAUACAUGGGUUGAUAAUCGUAGCUUUUAAGUCAAUGGUCAAAAUAGCAGAAGUUCAAACAAUUUGGCAAAAUAAAAUUUGGAAAUGUAAGAUUUUUAAAGAUGCAAUCCUACAAUAUGUACGCACUAUUAACCUACUACUCAUAACAAUGACACAUCUUAAAAAAAUUCUGUACUGUAAAAUUUCUUAACUUUUCUCAGCUUUGUUAUGUUAUGAGUUUAUUCAAAAUAUAUUCAAAAAAUUUAAGUUUUAACAGUUUUUGGAUUAAGAUCGACAUCAGCCAAAUUCAUUCAACUUAUAUAAUAGGCCA